UUUUGUUGCACAGUGCAAUCAUUAUGCACCCUUAGUAAAAAUGCAACAUUCAACGGACUAUUUCUUGGAAGAGAUUUGUGUUUCAAUAAGAACACUUACGUCAGUCAAACGUUGUUUUAAUAAGCACAUUAUUGUUUUCUUUUCCAGCGUACAAAACAAAAACGACCUGCAAAAAACUCAGCAAAACAAAGUGUAGCAGCUGCAACAAGUUUUGAGCUAGAUGUGGUGGAAUCUAGGAAGUGAAUUGCCUUCGAUAAAGCACUGAAAUGGUCAUCUCCCGGCUGAAGCAUUACCCGAACGUUUGCCGACUAUGCUUCAAGUUGCCAGAUCUCACAACAGACACGAUGGUCUCAAUCCACACAAGUGACGAUCUGUUUCACGGAACCGUAGAAGAUCAUAUCUCGUCUCUUACGUUUGAUGCAAAUGAAAAGUCCCAGCUUUUUCCGCAGCAGAUAUGCCAACCAUGCUUAGAGAGACUACGAUUGCAUGCAAAGUAUCUAAACAAUGUUAUGAACAUUUCCUUGCUGAUGUAUGCUAUAGCGGAGUUGAAACAUGCUAGAAAUAGAAUUCCAUUAGAAGGCCUCUUUAGAAUGAAGGGAGAUUUUAUGCAAAAACUUUUUGAAGAACUACAACUCGACUACGGUGUCGAGACAUGUGCAGCUGAUGUUAUAAAUGAAAUUUUGGAACAUGAAAGGGAUCCGGAUGUAAAUCUAACAACGAACACUAAAUCGAACACAAACAAUCUAAAUGAUCUUGCAAGUGAUAGCGUAACGAUCAUUGUAGACCAGAUUCCGUUGGUAGAAGUGAAUGAACUUCGUGAAAAUUAUAGAGUGAUAUAUCCGGAAGUUGAUCAAUCUAAACCUAACUCAAGCGAUCUAGAGGAUCUUGGAAAUGCUACUAUCUUCCUGAACGAGAUCGCACUUGGAGAAGAAAACCAACUUGCUAGCGAUCAAUCACCAAGCAUUUUAGAGAAAACUAUAGUUGAUCGUGGACAUGCAGAAGAAGCAGUCGACUCCUGCAUAAAUCCAAAUUCUACUUUGAACAAAGAUUUCCUGGGCUGUGCCAUCAACAUAAACGAGAUCGCGUUGGGCGAAGAGAUCGAACUUGCCGACGCUCUAAGCAAAUCGCCCCAGAAGCGAAGGCGGGGCCGACCCCGGAAGGAGAUCAAAACGUUGUGCUGUCGGAUGGCAAACUGUACCGCAGUGUUCCACGACAAGAAAGCGUACGACCAUCACCGCUGGACCGCCCACAAAACGUUCGUCUGCGAGGAGUGUGGCCUCAAGUGGGCGUCGAAGCCGGGCCUGGAUAACCACCGGGCACGGCACAAGAACGAAGAGGAGUUCCAGUGCGAGUACUGCAAGCGGCUGUACAACGUGAAGGAGGACUUGAACCACCACAUCAAGAAGAUACACCUGGCGAGGGAAAAGUUUCGCUGCGAAACGUGCGGGCUGGAGUUUAAACAUAAAAUUACGUUUGAUGCACACAAGCUCACCCACAAGGACGAGUUCGGAUUUCCUUGCACGCAAUGUGACAAAAAGUUCAAGGCUAGACGUCUAAUGCACGCCCACAAGUACCGGGUUCACAAGGCACCGUCCCACAUUUGUGACGAGUGUGGCAAAGCGUUCCGCAGUCGGUUUGUGCUGUUAGAUCACAUCGAGAUUAUCCAUGGCAUCCAAAUGCGCUUCACAUGCGACGUUUGUGUCGAAGUGUUCGACGAUAAAGAUCAACUGAGCGUUCACAAGUCACGCCACCGAUCCCCGUCACAGAUGGAAUGCGGCACCUGUCUGUUGGUGUUCAACUCCAAGGAUCAAAUGUUCAACCACCUGUGCAUCACGUACCGAAAAGAUUAUAUUUGCUGCGGCAAGGAUCACGGCCAUCACAAGACCUACAACAAGCACCAGCUCGUGAAGCAUGGCGUCAGGGUGAACGUGCGGGUAAAGCCAAAGUCGAAAGAACUCGCUGGAAAGUUGCGCGCGAAAAGGAAACGGUUGGAAACAUGCCUCAAGUGUGAAAAGGUCUUUCCAAACAGGCAGGCAAAGCAGCGACACGAGGAUAAAUGUGGCACGGAUUCGGGUGAAGAUUCAUAGGAAAGACACCGAUUUUUGGAAGCUCCAUGCUCUAUGCUUAGGCGGGCCCAGACAAUGCCCAAUGACCUCGAAUGAAAAAAAGGUCAUUGGAAGCAGUGCGUGGGCUAACAUCACCACACCACAGCGUUUAGUUACAUGUUUCGAUGUUUCCAUAACUUCAAUAUUUGCUUACCUUUUAUUAAUUCUUAUAAACAGCAAAUCGGCCCGUCCGAUUUAUUUUUGGAAUCAAUGCAUAACGCAUUCCAUAUUUUAAGUAUUUUUAGAACUAAUUUGCAUGGAUUUUCUUUCUAGAAAUUGUUUUGUUUGAGCUGUAAUUGAUUUUUGUUAGUUUAAGAACAUUUGUGAUUUUAAAGAAAACUUUUUAUCUUUUUUAUAAACCUAAAUUAGGUUUGAGUUUUAGGGUUUGCCAACUACUACACAAAUUUCAUCAACUUCGUACUGUAGAUAUUAAAACAAUAGUUGUAUUAGUUUUGGGAUUCUAUGUUUGCAAUUCAAUAAACAUGUAGGGGAAAUAUUUCUUUUCUAAUCACAUUUCCUUAUCAGCCUAUUACACUUGAAUUACAGUUUUCAUAAAGGUGUUGCUCAGUAAUUAAUAGUUCUAAUAAUAAUUUGUAAGCAACUUCCUUUUUAAGAUUUUCAAAAAAAAAAAAAAAAAGCUGCAGAAUU